CAUAUCGGACGCGUUGAAGCGACGCGUAAAGAUUAAGAUAAGCAACCGCGUAGCAUAUUCAUAGAUAUAUACACCCCUAUAUAUCCAUAUAUGAGUUAGAUUGUAAGUCUUCGAAUUGACUUUUUGUUGAAGAAUCAGUUCACCAGCAUCAUAAAACUUGUUGCAACUGUUCAAUCCCGAACCUAAUUCGAACUCAGAAACGCAAGCGAGUUUCGUAGCAUCAUUCGAGUUGAAGAAAAAUGGAAGGUGAAAAGCGCAAGCAUGAUGGCGAGUCUAGUGACAAUAGUGACAAAGGGCUGUUCUCUCAUCUUGCUGGAUAUGCUGCUGGACAUUACCCUGGGGCAUACCCUCCUCAAGGGUAUCCUCCUCAGGCAUAUCCUCCUCAAGGUGGUUACCCACCUGCUGGAUAUCCUCCUCAAGGUGGAUACCCACCAUAUGGUUAUCCUCCUCAAGGUGGAUACCCACCUGCUGGAUAUCCUCCUCCAGGUGGAUACCCACCAUCAGGAUAUCCACCCCCGGGUGGAUAUCCACCAUCUGCAUAUCCUCCUCCAGGUGGAUACCCCCCAGCAGGUUACCUGGGUCCAUCUGCUCCGCCUCAUCCCGGGCAUGGACCUAGCAUGGGAGCAAUGCUAGCUGGGGGUGCUGCUGCUGCAGCUGCUGCUUAUGGGGCUCACCAUCUGACUCAUGGUUCCCAUCAUUAUGGACAUGGUGGUUACUAUGGACAUCAUCACGGGAAGUUCAAGCACGGGAAGUUUGGCAAGCGCUUCAAACAUGGGAGGUUUGGAAAGCAUGGAGGGAAGUUCAUGAGGUUCAAGAAAUGGAAGUGAUUAUUGGUGUGUGCCUCAUUUGUGCUUGAAUUACAUUUUCAAGACUCUCAGUGACGUCUUUAUAUAUCUGAGAUGCUAUUUGGGUGUUAGAGGACAAGCAUUCGUACAUAAUAAUCACUUUGUUAGAUGGUAUGAAUGAGCUAGUGUAGUAGUAGUAUACAAUACAAUCAUGAGUGCUAUUUUGGGUAUUGCAACCCUCUGCAUGCACUUUAUUUACUAACUUGGAUUGUGCUUGUGUGUAUAUAUAUUGGGUUCUUGACCUUGUUGAAUUCAAUAAUGCGUGUGUUAAUGCAUUGACAUUUUUUUUUGGGUGUAUAGAA